GGAAAGUUGCGCGGCUGCCGGGAAGUUUCGUAGCAUGGCGGAGCGGCCCGGGGCGGCGGGCGAGCGGCCACGCUGAGCCGAGCCGAGCCGUGGGGAAGCGCCCGCCGGCCGGCAUGGCCCGCUGGAUCCCCACCAAGCGGGAGAAGUACGGGGUCGCAAUCUACAAUUACGAUGCUGUCCAGGAUGUGGAACUUUCCUUGCAAGUUGGUGAUACUGUUCACAUUUUGGAGAUGUAUGAAGGUUGGUACCGAGGAUACACACUCCGAAAUAAAUCUAGGAAGGGCAUUUUUCCAGAAACAUACAUUCAUUUAAAAGAGGCAACUGUGGAGGACCGAGGACAGCAUGAAACAGUGAUUCCAAGUGAAUUGCCCCUUGGGCAAGAACUCACUUCUACUUUGAGAGAGUGGGCAGUUAUCUGGCACAAGUUGUAUGUGGAUAACAAGACAACACAGUUCCGUCAUGUACAACAAAUGACUUACAGCUUGAUAGAAUGGAGGUCACAGAUACUGUCUGGAACCCUUCCCAAAGAUGAGCUGGCAGAACUGAAAAGGAAAGUGACUGCCAAAAUUGACUAUGGCAACAGGAUUCUAGGGUUGGAUCUGGUUGUACGAGAUGACAAUGGAAAUAUCCUGGAUCCAGAUGAAACUAGUAUAAUCUCUCUUUUCAAGUCCCAUGAAACUGCAUCGAAAAGGAUCGAUGAAAGAAUCCAGGAAGAGAAGUCCCUGCAACAGAAUUUGGACCUUCGAGGGCAGCCAGUAUUCAACACAACGCACACGUAUAGCCUGUACAUAAACUUCAAGAAUUUUGUUUGCAAUAUCGGAGAAGAUGCAGAACUAUUAAUGAGCCUCUAUGAUCCUGACCUCUCCAGAUUCAUCAGUGAAAAUUACCUGGUUCGUUGGGGCAGUAAUGGGAUGCCUAAAGAAAUUGAGAAACUUAAUAAUCUUCAAGCAGUCUUUACUGAUUUAAGCAGCUCUGAUUUGAUCAAGCCGAAGAUCAGCUUGGUGUGUCAGAUCGUGAGAGUAGGGCAUAUGGAGCUAAAAGAUGGGAAAAAACAUACCUGCGGACUCCGGAGACCAUUUGGAGUAGCAGUGAUGGACAUAACAGAUAUCAUACAUGGAAAGGUGGACGAUGAGGAAAAGCAACAUUUUAUUCCAUUUCAGCAGAUUGCCAUGGAAACAUACAUCAGGCAACGACAGCUAAUCAUGUCUCCUCUGAUAACUUCUCAUGUGAUCGGAGAAAAUGAGCCCCUCACUUCUGUCUUCAACAAAGUCAUCGCUGCAAAGGAAGUGAAUCAUAAAGGGCAAGGCCUUUGGAUUUCCCUGAAGCUGCUUCCUGGUGAUCUAGUACAAAUUCAAAAGGAUUUUUCCCACCUUGUAGACAGAUCAACAGCUGUGGCUCGCAAAAUGGGAUUCCCCGAGAUCAUCCUUCCUGGUGAUGUUCGAAAUGAUAUCUACGUCACCUUGGUACAAGGGGAGUUUGACAAAGGGAAGAAGAAGACUCCCAAGAAUGUAGAAGUCACCAUGUCUGUGCAUGAUGAAGAUGGUAAUCUGCAAGAGAAAGCUAUCCAUCCUGGUGCUGGUGAUGAAGGUGUCUCCGAAUAUAAAUCUGUUGUUUAUUAUCAAGUCAAGCAGCCUUGUUGGUAUGAAACAGUAAAGGUGUCCAUUGCAAUAGAGGAAGUCAGUCGUUGCCAUUUAAGAUUCACUUUCCGUCAUCGGUCAUCACAGGAAUCUAGGGAUAAGUCUGAGAGGGCUUUUGGCAUGAGCUUCGUGAAGCUGAUGAAUGCAGAUGGAACAACACUGCAGGAUGGCAGACACAACUUGAUUGUUUAUAAGGGUGAUAACAAGAAAAUGGAAGAUGCUAAAUGCUAUUUAACUCUUCCUUGUACAAAAAUGGAGAUGGAGGAGAAGGAGAUCCCCUCAGGAAAAAAUCUGCACCAUCUGGCCACAUUCACACCCACAAAAGACAGUACAAAGGACAGUUUCCAGAUUGCUACUCUGAUCUGCUCCACCAAGCUCACCCAGAAUGUUGACCUGCUAGGUUUGUUGAACUGGCGUUCUAACUCUCAGAACAUAGCCCACAACCUGAAGAAGCUAAUGGAGGUUGAAGGAGGAGAAAUUGUAAAGUUUUUGCAAGACACCCUUGAUGCACUUUUCAACAUAAUGAUGGAAAUGUCAGACAAUGAAACCUAUGACUUCCUUGUGUUUGAUGCACUGGUAUUUAUUAUUUCUUUGAUCGGAGACAUAAAGUUCCAGCAUUUUAACCCUGUACUUGAGACUUACAUUUACAAGCACUUCAGUGCAACCCUGGCAUAUGUGAAACUCACCAAAGUACUGAACUGUUACGUGGGAAAUGCAGAUGAUUCCAGCAAGACAGAAUUGCUAUUUGCUGCUCUGAAAGCAUUGAAGUACCUAUUCCGAUUCAUUGUUCAGUCACGAAUAUUGUACCUGAGGUUUUAUGGGAAAAGUGAAGAUGGAGAUGAGUUUAAUGAUGCAAUACGCAAGCUGUUCCUCUCCUUCAACAUCCUAAUGGACCGGCCUUUAGAGGAGGCUGUCAAGAUUAAGGGUGCAGCUUUAAAGUAUUUACCAAGUAUUAUAAAUGAUGUCAAACUAGUAUUUGACCCUGUUGAACUCAGUGUCCUCUUCAGCAAGUUUAUCCAAAGUAUUCCUGACAACCAGUUAGUUCGGCAGAAGCUAAACUGCAUGACCAAGAUAGUGGAGAGUGAUCUGUUUAAACAGUCAGAAUGCAGAGAUGCUCUUCUUCCUCUACUAAUAGACCAGCUAAGUGGCCAGUUGGAUGACAAUUCAAACAAGCCUGACCAUGAGGCCUGCUCACAGCUACUUAGCAAUAUUCUUGAAGUCAUAGAUCGGAAAGAUGUGGGGCCCACUGCUGUCCACAUCCAGCUGAUCAUGGAGCGCUUGCUAAGGAGAAUAAACCGCACAGUGAUUGGAAUGAGCAGACAGUCUCCACACAUUGGUAUUUUUGUGGCCUGCAUGACAGCUAUCCUGAGGCAGAUGGACGAUUUCCAUUAUAGCCAUUACAUCAAUACUUUCAAAACCAGGCAAGACAUUAUUGACUUCCUGAUGGAAACAUUCAUUAUGUUUAAGGAUCUGAUUGGAAAAAAUGUUUAUGCAAGUGACUGGAUAGUCAUGAAUAUGAUGCAGAGCAGGGUUUUUCUCCGUGCAGUGAACCAAUUUACAUCUGUACUCAACCGUUUCUUUCUGGAUCAGGCAAAUUUUGAGCUCCAGCUCUGGAAUAACUAUUUCCAUUUGGCAGUGGCCUUUCUCACUCAUGAAUCCCUCCAGUUGGAGACCUUCUCACAAGCUAAACGCAACAAAAUUAUCAAGAAGUAUGGGGACAUGAGGAAAGAAAUUGGCUUCAAAAUAAGGGAUAUGUGGUAUAAUUUGGGUCCCCACAAAAUAAAGUUCAUUCCAGCAAUGGUAGGCCCAAUCCUGGAGGUAACCCUGGUUCCAGAGCCUGAGCUGCGGAAAGCUACUAUUCCUAUCUUCUUUGAUAUGAUGCAGUGCGAGUUUAACUUUAGUGGGAAUGGAAACUUCCAUAUGUUUGAAAAUGAGCUGAUAACUAAACUGGACCAGGAAGUGGAGGGUGGCCGAGGGGAUGAACAGUACAAGAUUUUGCUGGAGAAACUUCUCCUGGAGCACUGUCGGAAGCAUAAAUAUCUGUCUGGUUCUGGAGAAGUGUUUGCUUUGCUGGUCAGCAGCUUACUGGAAAAUCUACUGGACUACAGGACGAUCAUGCAUGAUGAAAGCAAGGAGAACCGCAUGAGCUGCACUGUCAAUGUGCUGAAUUUUUAUAAGGAGAAGAAACGAGAGGAUAUUUAUAUCAGAUAUCUCUAUAAACUCCGGGACCUGCACACAGACUGUGAAAACUUCACAGAGGCAGCAUACACUAUCCUCCUCCAUGCAGAGCUGCUUCAGUGGUCUGAGAAGCCAUGUGCUGCUCAUCUGCUGCAGAGGGACAGCUACUACGUCUGUUCACAACAGGAACUCAAGGAAAAACUCUACCAAGAAAUUAUCUCUUUCUUUGACAGAGGCAAAAUGUGGGAAAAAGCCAUUCAGCUAAGCAAGGAGUUGGCUGACAUGUAUGAAAACAAGGUCUUCGAUUAUGAGGGGCUUGGUAAUCUCCUGAAAAAACGAGCUACUUUUUAUGAGAAUAUCAUGAAGGCAAUGAGACCUCAGCCAGAGUACUUUGCUGUUGGAUACUAUGGUCAGGGCUUUCCUUCUUUCCUCCGGAACAAAAUUUUUAUCUACCGUGGCAAAGAGUAUGAACGAAGGGAAGACUUCAACCUGAAGCUACUGACCCAAUUUCCCAGUGCUGAGAAGAUGACAAGCACUGCUCCCCCAGGAGAGGAGAUCAAGUCUUCUCCUAAACAGUAUGUGCAAUGCUUUAUAGUGAAGCCUGUGAUGAACCUGCCAGCUAACUAUAAAGACAAACCUGUUCCUGAACAGAUCUUAAACUACUACAGAGCAAAUGAGGUACAACAGUUCACGCACUCCCGGCCAUUCAGGAAAGGAGAAAAAGAUCCAGAGAAUGAAUUUGCUACUAUGUGGAUAGAACGGACAACCUACACAACAGCUUAUUCAUUCCCAGGCAUUCUUAAGUGGUUUGAAGUCAAACAGAUUACAACGGAAGAGAUCAGCCCCUUGGAGAACGCCAUAGAAACCAUGGAGCUAACCAAUGAGAAAAUCAGCAACAUUGUCCAACAGCAUGUGUGGGACCGGAGUCUUCCUGUGCAUCCUCUCUCUAUGCUCCUGAAUGGGAUUGUGGACCCCGCGGUCAUGGGGGGAUAUACCAACUAUGAAAAGGCCUUUUUCACAGAAAAGUAUCUUGAAGAACAUCCUGAAGACCAAGAUAAAAUUGAACUGCUUAAGCAAUUAAUUGCUUUACAGAUGCCAUUGUUGGCAGAAGGGAUUAGGAUCCAUGGCGAGAAGCUGACUGAACAGCUGAAGCCUCUACAUGAGAGACUGAUUGCCUGCUUCAAAGAUUUGAAGAAGAAGGUGGAGAAGCAAUAUGGUGUAAUAACUUUGCCUCCUUCCCUCACUGAAAGGAAACAGAGCAGGUCGGGCUCUGUGGUGUUGCCCUACAUCAUGUCUUCCACACUGAGACGGCUCUCUGUGACAUCUGUGGCCUCUUCUGUGGUCUCUACAUCUUCCACAUCAUCUGACAGCACUUCUUCCAGACCAGGUUCAGAUGGAUCUGUUUUGGAGCCUCUCUUGGAGAGAAGAACAUCAACAGCUUCCAGAGCUGAGGAACUGCCCGUCAAAGAAGAUGGUGAUAACUGGAUUAACAAAUUUAAGAGGAAGGACUGGAGUAUUAGCAAGUCUCAGGUUAUUGUAGAGAAGGAGCCAGAAACUGAACUGACUACCAAAAUGACCAUGUCAGGAAAAGUGCAGAGGCCGAAGAGUCUUCAGUUAGGAGACCACAGACUGACUUUGCUUCAGAGUUCUUCACUCCAGCAAUCAACACCACUCAGCCCACCACCCAUCACUCCCAAAACCCCAAGAACCCACAGUUUUCCCUCAUUGCAAGCUGAUGGAUUGGUAACCACUAGCUUCCAGAGCACGCCACCCCCACCUCCGCCCAAAAGCAAACCCUAUGAGAAUAACAACUCAAGGAAUUCUGUGGAAGUUGCCCCACCACUGCCCAGCAGACGUGAAGCCAAACCUCCCCCUCCUCCCCCCAAAACCAGAAAAUCCAGUGUCCUCUCCUCAGAGCAAGGACUGCAGUGAAGAUCAUCGCUUGCUUGCAAAACAGCAAAGGCCUGGAGUGAAAUGGCUGCUUUCCUUUUACUGACAUGCUGGGGCUCUCCAACCCUAAAGACUAGUGGUCUCUCCUCCCAUUCCAUUCACUUCCCUUCAAGUUUUUCCUGGGAAAUACCAAAAGAAGCUACUAUUGGAACUAUAUUCCCAAUCUCUGAUUUACCUUCCCAGUACUGAGACACUAAUCACAUGGGGGGAAGGGGGGAAAUUGCACUACUCAGAUUGCUGUUUUUCCUAAUCUUGUCUGUCCUGCAGAAUUUUUGUCCCAUGCAAUUUCAUCAGUUCAUUCCUAGUGUAAAUCUGUCUCAGUAGUUAUUUGAGUGAUUUGCUUCAGUGUUUGAACUAAGGUAAGCCAUGCUAUUAUGAUAUGCUUCCUACGAUAUUUUUGCAUAGGUUUAUUACAGCCAUAUAGUUGCUCUAAUGUACUGAUCCCUCCUCCUGCCCCUGAAAGUGUAGCAAAACCCUGAUUUGUAUUAAGUGAAAGAGAUCACAGCUGUUCCUAGUUGUAAAAUGUCAGGUCUUGAGAUGUCACAUGCCAGCAUUUGAUGUGCAGUCUCUUAAGAUUCUUGAUUGCAGGCACAGACCUGAGCAUUGUUAGCAGAACAAGUCUCUUUACUGCUAGUCAUCCUGUGUAUUUGAGGUGAAGGCAGAUGUUCUGCCUUACAACAGCUCUGCUACAGUAGUGGUUGUUGCUUACUCCUGAGCAUUUAGGUUCACUAGGACUUUGUCAUAAUUUCACUGCUGAUUCUGGUCUUAAUACUACAAGUAGUUGAAAUGCUUCCCUGAAUUAUGUUACCUGCAUGGCUUCUGUUCACAUCUGGGAUGUGGUACCAUAUGUUAUUUUAGUGGUUUUCUUAAUAGGGUGUAAAAAGUUCUUUCUCUCCUGCGAACAUACUAGAGCUGGUAGAAGUUGCUUUGAUACCAGCACUAUAUUGAAAUCAACAACUUCAAGGAUGGAGUGUGUUUAAAGCUAGCUGUACAUCUUGAGCUCAGAAACUGAGUUUGAUAACUGCUGUAACCUAUGCUUUGACCGGCCAGAUCCUCACAAACAAACAAACAGUCCUCACUCUUCACCUCUCUGCACUCAUUUGUUGCAGUUCUUGCACUUUGUGUUGUAUAGCCUCCCUCGAUGUAGCUUUUUAACAACCACUAGAGUUUAACAAGUCAUUUCAGUCUGGGAGGCAUGUGAAUACUUGACAAUUAACCAUGAAGUUUACUGUUGCUUGGAUUACUCCAGCUCUCUGCAGCUUUUCCUUGGAGGAUGAGAUAGUUAUAUUGUUUAUAAGUAUUGUAUUAACCUAAUUCCUCUUUUAUUUAUUCCCUUCUCUGUCCAGACAUCAACAUCAUUCUUUCCAUUUGUCUAGAGAAAAAAAUGACACGGUCUUGAUUUUUUUUUAAUGUUUUUAAAUUCAUAUGUGUUUUUGUUUAUAAAUUCAUGUGAUCCAUUAUAGAAAAAGAUGUGGCACACAAUUAGAGUAGCCUUUCCUCACAAUUGUACAAUGAUUGAAAAUUCGACACGGGUAUCAUCCUUAUUUAUGAAUCAGAUGGGCUUUAAACUCAUUCAGCACUCUUCUAUGCACGAGUUGCCACGUGAAGGUUGAUUUAUAAAAAAAAUAGGACAUCACCAUUUAUGAAUACUACUCAUAAAGUUGGCAGAUCCAUUUUGCACCUUGGAGGCUUCUUUUCAGCUGCUUGUCUUAGAGUCAGGCAGCAUUGCUUAGAACCGCUGCUCAGCUGAAGUGGGGACACGCUAGUUUACAGGAGGCUUACAGAAGGUUUGUGCAGCACUUAAGCCAGAAUCAAAUUUGGUUUAAAAUUCUCUCUUGGAAAAUGAAUUUCUACUCUGCUCUACUUUUAUAAGACUUAGAUAACUCAAGAUGUAGUUAGAGCAGCUUUUUUUGUUGUUGUGCUGAGCAGACAUUCCUAACCUGCCUAUUUCAGAAUUAAUUGAAAAACUUCUUCCUCUUUUAUUUUUAAACUGUGUAGUUAAAACUUUCUUUAUAUACCUGACUAAAGUUGCAACUGCCAGCUGGUGCCCCAUAUACCACCAGCUGAAAAGACAGUGAGGUUCUGAGAGUUCUUUUUUAUUUUGAUCUGUAAGAAUUAUUCUUAUCAUCAUCAGCCAGAAUAUUUUGUCAUGCCAUUCUGCCUAUCCAAAUGUUUAUAAACAUAGCUUUUGUAGUUGCUGCUAUUU